UUAGAUAAAAACGGAUUAUAUUGAUUAAAAUUGGUUAAUCAGUUAAUUAUCUUAUCUUGUAGAAUACUUGCACUAUUUAUAUUAUGUCUCAGGAUAAAAACGUUAAUAACGAUUUGAAGUGGGACUCAGGCACAUUUAUAAUCAUGAAGAACUUCAUUGUCAUCGCACUGUUGUCAACCUUGUCAGUCUGCCUAGGCGCAGUUGUACAGAAUGCCCAAUUUCCCAUAAACGUAGGAGUUUUGGAACCCGGAGAUUGGGUUAUGAUAAGUGGCGUGAAUCGGAGCAACCCACAACCUAAUUUUGUAAGCCAAGUAACUGUGCGACAUCAAUUACAUCCUAAUUACAAGGUUAAUAUGGUUAAGUUCAUCGAUCGAGCUCCAGAAACAGGAGGCUUUAUUUCAUUCGUGGGAGGAAUUGGAACUAAUUUUGUUACCUUUGUAUUAACGUCUCAGAGAGGUGGGGGAUACCAUUAUAGUUAUCAGCUGUGGGGACAUGACACAACAGGGGCAGAUGUGAGGCACUCUUUAGAGUCUGCAGAAUGUACUAUGACAGUGGACGACGGAAAAACUGUUAAAACUUAUAACUGCAAUGAAAUUGUUCAUUAAAUAUUGGAGUCAAAUAAAUUGAUCAUUAAA